GAAGAGGAGGGGAGAGCGCGCUGGGGCUGGAAAGGACUGUGGUGGCGGGGAGGGCUCGGUUGGGUUGGGCAGCGCAGGGGAGGGGAGAGCUAGCGCGGGGGCGGCGGGGGCGGAGGCGCUGGGGCCCGCGGCCGCUGGCUGCCGCUGCUGCGCCUUCUCUCCUGGCUAGCAGCAACCUGAGAGUCACUCGCGUCGCCUCCUGGGCUCCCUCCAGCUUCCCUGGGCCCGGCGGAGCCUUGCAUGUGGUCCGUGCGCCGAGCUGAGCUCUUCCCCGCGCGCUGUGCCCAGCUCCAGCUCCAGAUCCCACUCCCGCCCGUGCACAGCCGCCAGAGGAGGUGGACCAGGGGCAAUCGGUGCUUUGUCCUGGGGGCAGGUCCGGACUGAGGGAGCCAUGCCCCGGCGGAGUAUCGUGGAGGUGAAAGUCCUGGACGUGCAGAAGCGGCGAGUGCCCAACAAGCAUUAUGUCUAUAUCAUCAAAGUUACUUGGUCCAGUGGUUCCACUGAAGCUAUUUAUCGACGGUACAGCAAAUUCUUUGACCUACAGAUGCAAAUGUUGGACAAAUUUCCUAUGGAAGGAGGUCAGAAGGACCCAAAACAGAGGAUUAUUCCCUUUCUGCCAGGCAAAAUUCUCUUCAGAAGAAGCCACAUCAGAGAUGUGGCUGUCAAACGCCUGAUCCCCAUUGAUGAAUACUGUAAGGCCCUGAUCCGAUUGCCACCCUAUAUUUCUCAGUGUGAUGAGGUACUUCAGUUCUUUGAGACAAGACCUGAAGAUUUGAAUCCCCCCAAAGAGGAACAUAUUGGGAAGAAGAAAUCUGGGGGAGACUCAGCCUCGGUAGAUCCAAUGGUCCUGGAGCAAUAUGUGGUGGUGGCAGAUUACCAGAAGCAGGAAAGCUCAGAGAUCAGCUUGUGUGUGGGCCAGGUAGUGGACAUCAUUGAGAAGAAUGAAUCAGGUUGGUGGUUUGUAAGCACUGCUGAUGAGCAGGGCUGGGUCCCUGCAACUUGUCUAGAAGGUCAGGAUGGUGGCCAGGAUGAAUUUUCUCUGCAACCUGAAGAAGAGGAGAAAUACACCGUCAUUUACCCAUAUACUGCUCGAGACCAGGAUGAAAUUAACUUGGAGAGAGGGGCCAUGGUGGAAGUUAUCCAGAAAAACCUAGAGGGCUGGUGGAAGAUCAGGUUUCAAGGUAAAGAGGGCUGGGCACCUGCUUCCUACCUAAAAAAAAGCAGUGGAGAGCUAUUCGCUCAGAAACUAAGUUCUGGGUCACCAGCCCAUUCGUGUACUGUUGAUGUGGAUGGCAUUUCCCGGCAACAGAACUCAGCAGGCAGAGAGAAGGAUGUACUCAACAACCAAAGAGAUGGAAGGUUUGACAGUCGCACAGGCCUGGACAGUGACAUCAAGCAAAGAUCUCCAAAGAUGAGACAGAGACCUCCUCCUCGAAGAGACAUGACUAUACCUCGAGGUCUGAACCUGCCAAAACCCCCUAUCCCACCCCAAGUAGAAGAGGAAUAUUAUACCAUUGCUGAGUUCCAGACAACUAUUCCUGAUGGAAUCAGUUUCCAGGCAGGACUGAAAGUUGAGGUGAUUGAAAAGAACCUAAGUGGCUGGUGGUACAUCCAAAUAGAUGAUAAGGAAGGCUGGGCCCCAGCAACAUUCAUUGACAAAUACAAGAAAACGAGCAAUGCCUCAAGACCCAACUUCUUAGCUCCACUGCCUAAUGAAAUGGCACAGCUCCGCCUCGGGGAGGCCAUGGUGGAGAACCACACCUGCCACGAAGCAGCUGGACCUUCUCGGCCUUUGCCUGAAGCACCACAUAACGGCAUGGACUGUGUCAUUCCUUGGUCCAAAGAAUGGAAGGGUAAGGAGGGCCCUCGGAAUGUCUCUUUAGAUAUGGCUGCUUCUGCCGGAUAUGAGGAAAUCUCUGACCCAGACCUGGAGGAGAAGCCCAGCCUCCCCCCACGGAAGGAGUCCAUCAUCAAAUCAGAAGGGGAACUGCAAGAGAGAGAACGGCAAAGGAUGGAGCAGCUCAGAGGGUCCCCCAAGCCUCCUGGCAUGAUCUUGCCCAUGAUUCCACCAAAGCACAUGCCCCCACCUCGGGACAACAAGAAAGCAGAGCUGAAAUCAGAUAAGAGCAAACUGUUCCAGCAGAAAAAUGAGAUGGGGCUGGAGUGUGGACAUAAAGUGCUGGCCAAAGAAGUAAAGAAGCCAAACCUGCGCCCCAUCAUCAAACCUAAAGCUGAACAGCCGGAAGAUAAACCUGAGUCUUUUACCCCAAACCCCUUCUUGAAGUCUAAACCUCAGGUUAGACCAAAACCAGCUUCUUCACACAGGACAGAGCCGCCUCAAGCUGAGGACAGAUUGGACAUAUGCAACCUCAGGAGCAAGCUCCGACCUGCUAAGUCUCAGGAGAAGUCGUCAGAAGAGGAGAAUCACCACCUAAGUGGAACUCAGGAUGUCUCCUUCAGCAACAGUUUGCUGUCAGGGGAGGUUUCCAGCAGGCCUCUGGAGCGAGCCAUGGUAGACACCAAAAUCAUAUCUAAACAGGACAGUCUCACAGCAAAGGACAUUUCUUCUAAAGUCCCCCCGAGGCCAGCAAAGGUGACUGAUACCACACCUAAGAGUAGUCCUCCCCCUUCCAAAGAGUCACCACAGCAGAGACCAGUAGUACCUCCUCGGAGGCCACCACCUCCCAAGAAAACCUCCUCCUCUUCCAGGCCCCUUCCUGAAACCAAAGUGCCACAUCGAGAGGCGAAUGAAGUCAAAGCUGCUCCAGCUCUUGGCCGACCUAUGCUGGUCCCUCCAAAGGCCAAACCUUUCCUACCUGGUCCAGGAGGCCAAGAAGAGAUCAAAGCAAAAAGUGGGCUUGGGCCAAAAGCAGCAACCAAGUUAGGAGAAGUGAGGGAGAAGCCAGCUGCUGUUCCUUUCCCCACUUCAGAAGUCCCCAAAGAUACAUUAUAUGUGGCUAUGGCCAAUUUUGAAGGGGAUGAGGAAACCAGCGGCUUCCAGGAGGGAACUGUGUUUGAAGUACGUGAAAAGAAUAGCAGUGGCUGGUGGUUCUGUCAGGUCCUAAGUGGAGCGCCUUCUUGGGAAGGCUGGAUUCCUUCCAACUAUCUAAGAAAGAAGCCAUAGUUCUCACUGUCCUUGUAGGAUCCAUCCCGCCAAGAUCUCCAUGGGUUUCACCUGGGUAUUUAAUUAGCUUCUUAACUUAUCAUUUUCUACAAGGCUUUAAAAGGAAAAGAUUCCAGAGCGCAUUGGGCUUUCUCUUGAUUCCUAAGUAGGAAUGAUCAUGAAGAGUCCAUCCCCCCUAGCCUCAAUGCUGUUUAAUUCAGUUCCUUGGCAGUCAUCCCGCUUGUAGGAGAUUCAGUCCAUUUUCAGCGAUAGUCUCCAGGCCAAUUGGCCAACUCUGAUCCUUUUCCUCAGCAUUUUCAUCUGUAAUAUGAGGGGGUUGGAUGCAACCAAGAUCUCUUCUAAAUGUUUUCAAUUACCCAUAGAAAUUACUGCUUUAAGUGGGUAGAAAUGGGUUCCUAUUGGACCAUGAACAACUAUUUAUCCAGUAGCUCUUACAUGGCAUCCAAGAACCAGGAGCUCCUUUUUCCUAGAGCAUGCUGAUGUUCAAAAUGUAAUUAGAAAAGGCACUGAGAUACCAGAUCCCACAGCAGAUCUAGAAAUUUCUCUGAGCAUCUAAAAGAUAAUCAGCCUUGAUCAGAUAUGAAGCCAGGCCCAGUGUCCCAGGAUAGGCCUUUCUAUGAUUCCCCUUUUGCAUGACCCAAGUUCACUUUCUCCAUUUAACCUUUUCUCAAAGCCACUCAUUCCCAUUUUUGUUGUUUGCAGAAAUACCUGCUGCCACAGGGGGUCUGUGUGCUUUCUCUAAUCUUAACAGAUCUUCCCUUCAUUAAGGUUAUGGUCAUAUGUGACUUGAUGAGAAACAGUUUUUACUCACAUGCCAUGGAAGUACAAGAGGACAAGGACAGAAGUCUGCUAAACCUGCCUUUUUUUUCUUUUUUUGUUUUUGUUUUUGCACUCUUGAGAAAACUUUGUGUCCUAGAAGAGUAAUUCCUAUCCUAAAGUAGCACAGCAUUCAGUACAUGCUUUGGACAUUACUUCAUCCCAGGGUUAUCUAGAACUAGUAUAAGUCACUUUUUUCUUUCAGUGUGGUGCUGUUCAUUUAUGGGAACUUGUCCUUUAUGGAGUGAUCCAUUCUAAUUGGGGAAUAGAAGAAGGAAGGUCCAAAAUAGGAAUUGACUGCAAGCUGAUGGAAGCUAGGGCAAUGGAGCCAUUUGGCUCCCAAAAGCUUUGAGAAAGGGGCUCUGUUCUAAAUGUUCCUGCUUCUACACUGACUACAAAACCCUCUUUUUCCCCUAUCCCAUCACGUUCUCUACCUACUACUACUCCUUUUUUCCUGAAUGUUUUUCUCAGUAUCUCAUCCUGAGUGUUCCUUAGGAUUCCAGAAGGAAUAGUUGGAUGUUAAGUCCACAGAAUUUUAUUUUUUAAAUGGAGGCAACUAAUCAUAGCUUAGUGACGUAGCUGCUAGAAUCCCACAACACUGGCAAAGAGAAAGGCAGUGAUUCAGUAAGAACUGAAGCAGUUGGUGGGGGUUGGGGGUAGAAAGAAGACAUAAGGGAAGCCCCUGAAUGACUACUCCCAAGAAUCACCAAUUCAAGGCCCCAGUCAUCAAUGAAUACAUUCUCAUUAAGUGCCUACCUUAUGCCAUGCAUUACGCUAGGGGCUGGGAGGACAAAGGCUAAAUGUAAUGGUCCUCAUCCUUAAGGAACUUAUGUUCUGUUGAGAAGUCAAUAUGUACAAAGAAAAGUAUAUAUAAAACAUAAAGUAAUUAAAAAGAGUAUGGUGAUGGUGCUAGUAACUAGGGAUAUUAGGAAAGAUUUCCUGUAAGAGAUAGCAUUGAGCUGAACUUUGAAGGAGAGGAGAAGGGAUGCUCAGAGGUGGAGGCAGGUGAAAGUUGCCAUUUAUUCAGUCCGUUGGAUAGUGACAAGAGCUAAAUACCCAUAAGACUGAUUCCCACUAAUUCUCUGCUUUUCUCCACAUCUGUUAAGUAUCUGAAUUUUCCCACUUGGUCCUCACAACCUUGUGACUUAAAUUGGGCAAUGCUUAUUUCCCCACUAGGCAGAUGAAUCACAGAGUCACACUUGGUUGAUAUCACCCAGCCAAUUUGUGAACUAACCAAGAUGAAAACUGAGGCACCCUAAUUGGUAGUUCAGAAGCCGGAUUGUCUCAGGCUAAAAGAAACCAGGACAAAGCAGUAUAAUUUUGUGGGGAAACUCAUAAUUUUGGAGUCAGAUAACCUUGUUUGAAUUCCGGCUCUAUUAGUUUGUAUGCCUCAAUUUCCUCAACUAAAAAAUGAAGGUUGGACUAGAUGAUCUUUAAGGUACCUUCCAACUCUAAGGUUAUGAUCCCAUGAUCUCCUGUGGAAGAACAAAAGGGGCAAGUGCCUACAGGUGUUACAUUACAAGAAGCAAGAAUGUACUUUCCUUCCUUAGGCUUGUUUCGAGGAAAAAGCCAGCUCUAGACCACCGCUUUCACUGUGUUAUGUCCAUUGUGUUGGAAAAAUAGUUCCUCAUACACAUUAUAGAUUAGAAGUUUUGUUGGUACAAAAGUCCUUCUCUCAUCCCUAAUACCUGUGGAUAUGUUGCUUUGUUGAAGAAGUGGCCUUUAAAGGCCCUUGGAAAGGAAAAAGACUAAUGCAUGUUAAUCUUAUGUCUGUUAUUCAUCCCUUCCUCUAAGCAGGGGUCCUCAAACUUUUUAAAUAGGGGGCCAGUUCACUGUCCCUCAGACUGUUGGAGGGCCGCCCUAUAGUAAAAAUAAAAACUUUGUUUUGUGGGCCUUUAAAUAAAGAAACUUCAUAGCCCUGGGUGAGGGGGAUAAUCAUCCUCAGCUGCCACAUCUGGCCUGUGGCCAUAGUUUGAGGACCCCUGCUCUAAGGUAUGGGUAGCCCUGAGGAACCUACCACCUAGUUCCCUGGGAUUAAUAGACUAGUAUUUCUCCUAUUUCUGAUUGGCCCCCUCUAGCAGUAUCCUCAGAAAACACUUUUGUAGAUAAUUAGCAAGGUUGAUGAGUAGAGAAUAAAGAAUCCUAGCAAUUCUUAGAAUAAUCUUAGCAAGCCUGAGCACUCAGAUCCCCUCUGUCAUUUCUGGGACUCUGCUUCUUAGAGAAAGGAGCUACCUUAAGUUUUUUAGUGUUGAGCCAAUUUUUGAUAAAUGUUCCUUUUGCUUUACAUGAUGCUUUCCUGAAUUUGGCUUCAUUUUGGAAAGAAAAAAGUACAUAUUUUGUUUCAGGCUUGCUUCCUAGUUUCAUUCAUCCAUUCACCUAAUAUUUACUGUGUUCUUAUUAAAUACUAAGCACCAUGGCAGAUGCAUUUGUGCAUUAGACUCAAAUUCUUGGCCUUAAGGAUUUUUGCGGUUUCUACCAAUCUAAAGUGAUUUGACUUCCUGUCACAGUCAUUCUGCAGCUGGUGUCUGUUCAAGGACAACUGGACCGCUUUCCUUUUCAUCUGUGUUCUAGGGAUCUCAUUGCAAAUUGAAGUCGUUGCACUGUUUUGGUGACCCCUCUCACUGGUGUCAGCUAUUUCAGAAGCCACAUUUCCUUACUUUCUGCAGCAGCCUUUCAGUUUGUUUCACUGUUGGAUACUACCCUAACCAGGUGAAGAUGAGUUGUUCUGUGAUCUGAUGCCGUAACAGAUAUUUCCCAUUCUUGUUUGGUGAUGUGUUUACAUAAUCCACUGGGGAUAUUGCAAUACUUUCAAAGAUCUGUGACUUAAGGUGGUAUGGGUACCCCUUCAUUAACACUGAUUCUGUCACUUCUCUGCCUGGAAGAUGUUCUUCAUGAGUUGCCAUAGCUGAAAAAUCCACCGUGCUCCAGUCUUCUGAGUAAUGAGUUCCUUGGAACAUAGCAAAGCCAGUCUUCAGAUCAAAGACAUUCAUUCUGUUGGCAAGCAUCUUUGUGACUAACACUGCAGAAAUUGGUCAGCAGUUGACUCAAAUUUCAGUCUUAAUUUUAUUGUGAAAGUACUUUUUGAAGGGCUAUCAGCAAUAUUUUUUAUAUUUUUUUGAACUUUCAUCUUAUAGACACUAAAUAUUCUCUAUGCCAUCCCCAAUAAGGUCAAAGACAGGUUAGCUGCUUGCAUAAUCUGAUACCCUGUUCUGAACCAAAAUUCCAAGCUAAAUGCCAACCCAAGAGGCAAAGAAAUAUGAUUGGAUUUUUGUAUUGUUGUUUACCAUACUAUAUCAAAUCCUUAAUUUCAAAUCUGCUGUACUAACACCUCUUGGAAUAAAUCUCCAUCACAGAACAACCAAUUUUAUAGCCUCAAAUCCUAAUAAUAGCUUUUGGACAAGAAUAUUUUCCACAAUAAAUUGUAUUCCCAAGCAGUGUUUUUAAACUUAGAAUCCAAUAUCUGAAUUGAAAUUGCUACUUUGUCACUUGGGUGGCAUUGAACAGCCCGUUUAAUUUCUUUUGGCCUUAGUUUCCUUCUUUGUAAAAAAGAUAACAUUGGAAUAGAGAACAAUGGUUCUUCCAGCUCCAAAUCUAUGAUUCUAUGACCCUGUCACCACCUCCUAUAAAGAGAAUUGUACCUUCUCCUUUCUUUUAGUGUUUUUAGGGCACUGGAAAAUAUCAAAAGAGCUCCACAUUAGGCAGAUCUGUAAGAAAUACUAAGCUGGAUGUUCCAGUAGGGACUCUUCCCAUUUGCCUCAUUUGUAAUUUUCAAAGUAGAACUCUUAGAUUUAAACUAUUCCCAAGUAUAUAGGGCACAAAUAGCCUAUUUAUGAUUCUCUUGCAAAUAAAACUUUAAAGAACUCUCCACCAGAAAACCAAAAGUUGGAAAACCUUUUGGCAUAAAGUUUAUUUUAAAAAAGAUCAUGCCACAAAUCACAUAGGCAUGAUAGAGGCAGUCAUGGUUUUUAGCCAAUCUGCCACUGCGUGGUAGCCAGUGAGUGUCUUGUCCUCCUGGUCACUACAGAAGUAGAAGAUAUGGUUUCUGCCUUCUGGGAGCUUACAUUAGAUGUGGUCAGGACCACAUGAUAAAUAUGCAAUUCAUGUUGUGGCUGCUAUUCCUUCAAUCUAAUUUUGCUUUGUCUUUUUUCCCUUACCUACUGCUGCUGUGGACUAAUUGAUAUUGAGCCCCACUGAAUCAUAGUAGGGACUUUCUUUGUUCUUUUGACUGUUAAGUUGGGUACCAAACAAAUCUUUUAACCUGCAGCCUUUCCCCUAGAUUUCUUAGAUCUAGUUUCCCAAGCCCACCUCUUCUAGAUUUAUAUAUGCUGCAAUCAGUCAAUAAUACCAGAGACCAAAGAUUGCCUAUUACCAAAUCCCAAAGUUUGAUUUGGUUGGAAAAGAAUAAGUCAUAGAAAUUGCAAUGGUCACUUUGGUAUCAUUGGUACAGUGUUGAUGCCAUUGAGAGCUAUUCCAUACUUGGUAGAGCUGUUCUUAGAUCCUCCCCCAAGCCAUCCCUCAAUCCUUCACUUUUGGUCAUCAGUAUCAGGAGUACCAGUGUCUGGGAACACUAUCCCAGCAAUACCUGCUACCCCAAGACAAUUGUGUUGAACUUGUGCCCAGACUAUGAUCCAUGAGCCAUGGCUCCACCAGCAGCCAUCAACUGCUAAUUUGUGCCAUCAAUAUUUUUCAGAUUUAGCUAACUAUAUCAGAUUUCAAUUUUUCUAUUGGGGAAGUGAAUUUUAAAUAGUUCUUUGCUAACUGACUUUGCUCUAAGACCCCUAAUGUGAUCUGUGUCUUGUUAAAACAUUCCAGAUUCCAUCCCUGUUUCUGAUCCCUCGAUCCAAAUCAAGCAUCCUUAACUCCACAGGGACAAGAGGCUAUAUGGAAUCUCAGCCCAACGAAAGUUUUUCAAGGGUCUUUCCUUAGUGACAUAAAAGAGCAAUAGUUCUUGGAGGAAAAAAAGGGUGCACAAUUUAUUAUGUUAAUUACCAGCAAUAAAAACAGCCCCCCUCCUAUAACUUAGAUCAGGAACAUUAGUAUAUCCAAUCUCAUUUCUCUGGACCCUUAGGGAAUGAGAGUCCUGCAUGGACUGAAUCCAAACACUUUAUGUGUUUCGUAGAAUAAAGCUAAAGAAUCUUGGCUAUUUCAGUACUUCUCUUGGCAAACAAAUUCUCUGAUGGUUAUUUUUGUUUGUUUCCUUAUAACACAUAAACUUAUAUAAGUAUAUAUGUGAGGGGAAAGGGGAUCAGAACAUUAACUGUAGCAUGUGUAGGCUGUAUACUUCACCGUUAGACUUUUUUUUUUCUUUUUUUAAAAUAAAAUGCUUGACUGGUUUCAAGCUUCAUUGUGAA